CCGGACUGUAGUCUGUUUUGGUCAUUCUCCACUGAGAGCGCUAUGAUGGCUGGAUCUUCACUGAUUUCCUCUCUCUUACUGAUGACCUAUGUUCUCCUGCCCCUGUGUGCUGCCCAAGCGAGCUGCAGGGGGCGAUGUGGAGAGCCCUUCAUCCGGGGUCAGCUGUGUAACUGCGACUACAACUGCAUCACACACGACGAAUGCUGCAAGGACUAUGAGGACGUCUGCACUUUCCGUGGAUCGUGCAGGGGUCGGUGUGGGGAGACGUUUCGGAGGGGGAAGGGGUGCGAGUGUGACCCGGACUGCACUCUCUACAACACCUGCUGCUUCGACUACCACGAACAAUGCGAUGCCACUGACAGAGCACUAGCAGCCAGGAACGCUAAGCAGUCCAAGCCAACAGGGCCACCCAAGACCAAAUCACAGGAGAAGCCAGAUAUGCAGCCUCUGAAACCUCCUAAGAAGCCGUCAGACAGCGAGAGUGAGGAGAGGAGCAGAGUGUUUUCAGACUACGCUGACGCUCAGGUCGGGUCAACACCAUCCCCAGCUGAGAAUGGUCCAGGUGUUUUGAGACGCGGAGCUGGGCCCACUGUUCUGGACAGUCUGAGUGAGUUAAUGCCACUAACCAAAGAUCCAGCUGACCCCACUGGAGCCCCUCUCCCUUCUAACCCUGGGCUCUACCCUGUGCUACCUGCCAACCCUGCAGCUAACGCACCAGCAUUAGGGGGUCCUGCAGCAGGUUCACCUCAGCCUGGAGGUUCUCCUUCAGGGAAACCGCUCACCAUCCCCAUAAAAGUGUCCCUCUCUAUCAGUGGACAUGCUGGUGGACCUGCAGGUGGGGCCCCCAGCCUUUUCCCCAGUGGAUCUGGACCUGUAGGUGGAGCCCCCAGCCUUCUCCCCAGCGGAUCUGGACCUGCAGGUGGAGCCCCCAGCCUUCUCCCCAGCGGAUCUGGACCUGCAGCGGAACUGGACCUGCAGGUGGAGCCCCCAGCCUUCUCCCCAGCGGAUCUGGACCUGCAGGUGGAGCCCCCAGCCUUUUCCCCAGCGGAACUGGACCUGCAGGUGGAGCCCCCAGCCUUUUCCCCAGUGGAUCUGGACCUGCAGGUGGAGCCCCCAGCCUUCUCCCCAGCGGAUCUGGACCUGCAGGUGGAGCCCCCAGCCUUUUCCCCAGUGGAUCUGGACCUGCAGGUGGAGCCCCCAGCCUUUUCCCCAGUGGAUCUGGACCUGCAGGUGGAGCCCCCAGCCUUUUCCCCAGUGGAUCUGGACCUGCAGGUGGAGCCCCCAGCCUUCUCCCCAGUGGAUCUGGAUCUGCAGGUGGAGCCCCCAGCCUUCUCCCCAGCGGAUCUGGACCUGCAGGUGGAGCCCCCAGCCUUCUCCCCAGCGGAUCUGGACCUGCAGGUGGAGCCCCCAGCCUUCUCCCCAGCGGAUCUGGACCUGCAGGUGGAGCUGGAAAACCCAGCACACUGGCAGAUAUCACUCAGGCCCUGGGAGCCAACAUCCCAGCAGGACUGCCCAAGCUCCAGCCCUGACCUCUGUAACGGCCUUCCCAUCGACGCUCUGACCUCACUGUUCAACGGCUCCAUCAUCGUCUUCAAAGGUCAUUUCUUCUGGCUUCUGGACCCGAAGACCAAAGUGGCUGGUCCUGCCCAGAGCAUCACAGAACAACUGGGCGUUCCCUCCCCCAUCGACACGGCCUUCACCCGCUGCAACUGCCAGGGCAAGACCUUCAUUAUCAAGGGUGAUAAUUACUGGGUGUUUGAGAACGGCGUGAUGGAGCCAGGCUACCCCAGGUCUCUGUCUCAGGACUUUGAUGGACUUUUUGGAGAAAUCAGUGCUGCUCUGACUGUCCCCGCCACCCGCAAGAGGCCCGAGGCCAUUUACUUCUUCAAGAAAGGAGGUACAAUGCAGAAGUUUUCAUACCCAGCUGGAAGCGGCCCAACCUGCACUGGAAAGAAAAUGAAAAAUUCUGUUUACAACAAGUUCCGCCGCGCUCGCCAAGCAGAGAUCCGCCUGUCUGCAGAGAUCAACAUUAACCUGAAUUUGAAAGGGUUCCCCACCCCGGUCACCUCCGCUCUGUCCGCGCCCAACCCGAGGAAGCCCGACGGAUUCGAGUACUUCAUCUUCUCCUGGCCUAAAUUCUUCGACAUCAAGAUCAGCGGAGAGUUCCCCACUCUGGCAUCUCCCGCCAAACCCCCUGCCCUGCAGAACAUCAUCAGAAACUGGCUCAACUGUCCUUAAGUGACCUGCCCCUCAGGGA